CGAGCUUUAUUGUUUCUAAUAUACAUAGUCUAUGAAGAAAUAUGAUGACACGGUAGACAGCAGUAGAGAGGAGAGGGAAGGCUCAGGGCGGGCUUAGUUGACAUAAGCGAACGAGCUCGCGAGACCUUCACCAGAGAUAAACCCGAUAAACUUGGCCCUGCGCACAGUCUACUUCCUUCCCAGAGCCAUUCCGUUCUUGCCAGGAUCCAGCAUUGACAGAAGAGUGUUUGCUAUCAGCACUCACGAUAUAACUCGAGAUUCAAGUCAGGAACUAAGUCAAAAGACAAGACAAAUUUUCACAUGCCAGCGAAACGAGCUGCGGCGGCAGAGACGGUAGCGGUGGGUGCGCCGUCGACGAGGAGCGCGACGAAGAAGAAGAAUGCUGCGAAUGGACAGAGUGGGGGGAGUAUAGUCAAGACCACAGCCGACCCCCCCGCGCCGACGGAGCGCGAGAAAAAGAUCCAGAACCUGAUUGUGCGAACGAUAUGGAGUGUCGUGAUGAUCUUUGGUUUCUUCGCGCUGCUUGCCGCGGGCCACUUUUGGGUGAUUGCGCUCGUGUUUGGGUUGCAGCUGCUGGCUUACAGCGAGGUGAUUGCGCUGGCGGACGAGCCGAUGAGGCAGCGCGCGCUGCCGUAUGGGAAGACGCUCAAUUGGUAUUUUUUGGCGUCGACGGUGUAUUAUCUGUAUGGCGAGACGGUGUUGUAUUAUUUCGAGGAGGUGCUGUUGGUUGAUAAGGUGCUGUUUCCGUUUGCAAUUCAUCAUCGGUUUAUCUCGUACAUGCUCUAUAUCAUUGGAUUCAUGAUGUUUGUCUCGACCCUCGAAAAAGGCCAUUACCAGUACCAAUUCAUGCAAUUCGCAUUCACCCACGUCGCCCUCCUUCUCAUCAUCGUGCAGGCCCAUUUCAUCGUCAAAAACAUCAUGGCCGGCAUGUUCUGGUUCUUCCUCCCGGCCUCGCUCGUCAUCAUCAACGAUAUCUUUGCAUAUCUCUGCGGCAUCACUUUCGGACGCACGCCGCUCAUCAAGAUCUCGCCAAAGAAGACCGUUGAGGGGUUCGUUGGCGCGUGGAUCUGGACGGUUGUUAUCGGGCUCGCCCUUAGUUAUUUCCUCGUACAGUGGCCUUAUAUGAUCUGCCCUCCUGCCGACUUCUCGCUCAGCGCAUUCUCGGAAUUCACAUGCACGCCCAACCCCGUCUUCGUCAAACAAGUCUACGCGGUCCCCGCCUUCCUCCAACCCCUCCUGCACCGCCCCACGCUCAUGAUCGAGCCCAUCCACUUCCACGUCGCGAUCAUGGCGACCUUCGCCUCGCUCUCGGCGCCCUACGGCGGGUUCUUUGCGUCGGGAAUCAAGCGCGCGUUCGGGAUCAAGGACUUUGGUGAUACGAUCCCGGGACAUGGCGGGAUCACGGAUCGAAUGGAUUGUCAGUUUUUGAUGGGGUUUUUCUCGUAUAUGUACUACUCCAGUUUUAUUGCUACACACAAGCAGGCCGUCGACGUCGUGCUCGCGACUGCGAUCUCAGGUCUGUCAUCCCAGGAGCAGGUGCAGCUCGUGCACGCGCUGCAGCGAUAUCUGCACAACCAGGGCCAUGUCGGCAAGGAUCUACUGCAGUGCAUCGCAAACUGACCGUCGUAGCUUACCGUUGCUGUUACCCGAGAUGAUGUACGAUAUAGGCAGACUCGUGCUAUAGUGUGUUGUA